AAACAAAACACAGUUGAGUUGGAAGCCUUGCUUGUAAGUUGUACCACUGACUUUUCGGUCAAGUUUUCGAGCCUCCAAUCUCUGAAUGGCCCCAACACGAAGUAGCUACACACCACUCCUCAUAAUAUCUUACUCUUAGGACACAGAUUAUAUAUAUACGUGUAUUGCGCUACUGAAGAGAAAGGGCGUAUAACUCUUGUCGCAGCGAACAAACAGGUUACCCUUGGGAGACAUCCUAUUGCUCAAACGCUGCGCAUGUCGGUUGUGUUUUUGGGCGUCACGCAGCGCAGGGGAGUGUCCCCGCGCGUGCUGCACGACGAGUCAUCGCUCUCUGUGUGGACUGGCCCGGCCGUAAGUCAUCCAAACCAACGCGAUGACGUAGACGGAACCGGAAAUAAGCCGCGGAAGCGGUGAAACCCGCGUGCCGAGGUGACCUUACGGACAAGUGGAACCAGUUUAUCAUCGGGUGCCUCCACAAAUGCUGUAUAUGUAGCGGAUAAUAGCACCGUAAAACUGCACUGCAUUUUUGGUUACGAUAUAGGCUGUAGACCCACUUUUGUUACGCGGUCAGAGCGCUGCUCAGGCUGUUUCUUUCGUUCCCCUGACCUGACGCGUGGAGCGGCGACGUCGAUGGCUGAGGCGCAACAGUCCCGGGUGCAAACGGCCGUAGAGGACAUGGUGCAGGGUCUGGAGCGGGAGUACAUCCGCAAAAUGCAAGGUCGCAUGUUCCGAUGUAGUGCGGACUGUUGCGAUCACCACUCGGACUCAAUGACGCAGGUGCACCAAUGCAUAGAGCGCUGCCACACCCCUAUGGCACAGGCUCAGAACCUGGUUACUACAGAGUUGGAGAAGUUCCAGGACCGGCUCGCCCGUUGUUCUAUGCACUGCAAUGACAAAGCCAAAGACUUGUUUGACUCGGGGGCUAAGGAGCCAGCGGUGAGAGCCCUGAUGGAUCGCUGCGUUGGGGCCUGUGUAGAUGAGCAUUUAAACCUGUUGCCCAGCAUGACCCGGCGACUCAAGGAGAGCCUUGGGGCUAUACCUCAGUGAUGUUGGGGCUAUAGCAACGCCACAGGACUGAGCCUGGGACUGCACUGAACUCAAAACACUGAUGCAAGGUGACAGCUGACAUGCGUGGAAUUUUGAAUGGGCAGGCAUAAUCUAGCCCGGUCACUCCUUGGUGCAGAGGUUAAGCAAAGUAUCUCCUCUGACACAAACCUGGUAGUGGACCCUGCUUGUCCUUUAAUAACUUGUUUUAGUAAAGAUUAAAAAGGCCCCAUAGAGAAUAUGAUGCACUUCAUGUCACUAUUGUACAGAUAUGAUUGGUCUAAAACUACUUUCCUUAAGUAGGUACUAAUGCAUUGUGAUCCAAAUUUAAAGACUUUGUCCUCACGUAUAAAGUUUUCCACACUUUGUUUAUCCCU